CACCCACGAGUGAGGCUCUUGUACGCCACGGCUGCCCUCACCCGAGAGAAGUGGUUCGGGACACUGUAGCUAAAUCCUUGAUUCUCUAUGGAUAAAUGAGGAAGAGAGAGAAGCUGAGGGAGGAGCACGCGGCCACUCUCCCACUCGACCGCCCACGACCAACUCGUCCGCAGAGAUGUCAGCAGCUGGCGCCCGGGGCCUUCGGGCCACCUACCACCGGGUCCUCGAUAAAGUGGAGCUCCUGCUGCCGGAGAAACUGAGGCCGUUGUACAACCACCCGGCAGGUAAUAGACCCAGAAUAUUUUUUUUCUGGGCUCCAAUUAUGAAAUGGGGGUUGGUGUGUGCUGGAUUGGCUGACAUGGCCAGACCUGCAGAGAAACUCAGCACAGCUCAAUCUGCUGUUUUGAUGGCCACAGGGUUUAUUUGGUCAAGAUACUCACUUGUAAUUAUCCCAAAAAACUGGAGUCUCUUUGCUGUUAAUUUCUUUGUGGGGGCAGCAGGAGCUUCUCAGCUCUUUCGUAUUUGGAGAUAUAACCAAGAACUAAAAGCUAAAGCAAACAAAUAAGAGUUCCUGACCACCCGAACAAUCUAGAUGUGGAUAUACCCACUGGGACUAAUUUGAUUUAUUAUUUGGCUAUUGAUAAGGUGAUAUUAACUGUGCUACUGUUUGGAAGGCAUAAAAAAACUGUAAACUGGGGGCUAAUACUUGAUUCAACAGAAAAAUAAAGCAAACUUUUAAUAA